AUGGAGGGCGAAAAUCAAAUAAGUGACCACUCGAUCGCCCCAAGAUCCGGUCUAAACCCAGACGAUCCACUACCAUCCAUCGAGAGCAACGAUGCAGGCUCUAUACAAGAUUUGUCAGCUCCAAUACCUCGUGCUAGAGAACGAAGACCACAAAGAGGUGGGUUAAUCGGAAGUCAGCGUUAUCAAAGAGUCCCCAGUUCCUCCCAAGUCCCACCACACCUUUUGAGAGCAAGAAGAGGCUCCAGUCCCGCGUAUGCAGCAGCUCUCAGUCCUUACCUUGGCCCUAUAAAUCCUCGAGGACAUCAAAGACUUUCUGAUAAUCCAGUACCUGCCAUGAUGCCUAAUCAGGUCCAGAUGCCAGAGUCUUACUUGCGAACAGCCAACACUGAGAACACGCAGUCAUUGUCUUGGACUCGCAAUAAUAACACAGCAGGCUCUAAUCACCCGACAAGAGCACAAUUACAACCAAAACAAGAUGUAUCUUCUGGUCAAGUAGCUGAUCAGACUAUGGCAGACCGUGUUCAACAUCUUUCUGGAAACUUCCACUAUUCAGGUCCUAUCAGCUACAAUCCACUCACCGAGGCACUCAAUCCCCAAAACGCUUCAUUCUACCCAACACCGAUGUCCCCAAACCCAAGAAAACGUCGUCAAAUGCAAUCUAAUGCUGCUCAUCACUCCUCCAAUCGGCAAUCAGACCCCUCUAAUCAAAGGUCCUCUCAACGAGAUUCAUAUAUGGGAGGCAUGGAAUCAUCAGUAGAUUUACAAGCAUUGAGAAGCGUAGCUGUUGGAUCAAGUAAUGCUACUCAAGGCCCUUGGGGUGUUCAACUUCCUAAGCAAUCCGAAAGAAAGAGAGGGCGCACAAUAGGCUCCAAGAACAACAACACGGGCUCUACAACUAUGCAGCCCCCACCACCGCGAUCAGUUACUCCCAGUCGUCCAGAAAGAAGUCCCGUUCCGUCAUUUGCUAUCCCGGUAGCUCUCAACGAACAAAUAGCUACACCACAUUCAAAGCGUGAAGCUAAUUUCAGUCUCGUCAAAAAUGCUGCUGCGAUGCUUGAUCCGUUCACCAAAAUAGUUCCAGGUACUGUCAAGCUAGUAGCGGAUAAUGGUCAAGUGUGGGAGUACAAGUAUGCGGGAACUAGACGAAAUUGGAAGAAAGGUCAAGGCGGAAAGGUCACUGUCGCAAAGCUCAACGAAUGGGCAAAUUCUAUCUUACGUCGCAGACUUCCUGGAAGCUUUCCUCCUGCUGCAAAGAAAGGAGUCUAUUCUGCUCCUCCUCCACCCAAGCCAAAGAAUGAUAAGUGGACAGAGUGGGAAAGAGCAUUCCUAGAGGCACAUAUCCUGGACGAAGUAAAGGCAAAGAAGGCCAAUCUAGACGAAGAAGAUUGGCAACUUAUCGCAGAAGCCCAGAAUGAGGAGUUUUCUGGCCAUAAGAGACUUCCCAGAUUGCCUAUGGCACAACUUACCUCGCGUAGUCUCACCAUUGAUGAUGUUCCGGUCAUUAGAGGUGGGGGCUAUACUAAGACCGAGGGUUAUUUUCCAGAGCGCUCAAGCUCGGAGAUUCAGACCAUCCUCUACCAUUGGCCUGAUAUUCAUGAGAAAAUUAAGCAAGUGAUUAGGAGACAUCGUGGAAAAAUUCCAACUUAUGUAGAUUGUGACACCGAUAUCAGUGAUUCGGAGCGUACGUCAGAUGAUGAGAAUGGAGAUAAGAAAGCAGAUGCAGCUGAUAUUGGUGCUUAA